CAUACGUUCAACACUUUUCUGCGAAUCACGUGUGCAGUGGUGUUCGCUAAUCUUCUCGUUUUGAGGAUCAAGGAAGAAGCAGCGAAGUGGGGAGACUGAUGGCAUCAUUUCCGCCACACGAGAAACCUUUCGCACCGAUCCCUGUCCCACAGGACUUCUAUCCCGUCCCGCCCAAUCGGGGUUUCCGUCCCGACUAUCACCAAGUGAUAGCGACGAGUUACCUGGCACACACCCUGUUCCAUCCGGGACCGAGGAGGCCCCGCAGCGAGAAGCGGCCGAUUCCGGAAGAGCUUAAGGAUGAGAGGUACUUCGAGAGACGACAGAGGAACAACCUCGCAGCCAAGAAAUCCCGAGAUGCCAGGAAACGUCGAGAAGACCAGAUGGCGAUGAAAGCUCAGAUACUGGAGAAGGAGAACGCGAUCUUACGGGCACAGGUCGUGACCCUGCGGGAGGAGGCCUAUUCCCUCAAACAGCUCCUUCUUCACAAACGAACGCAGCAGCUACAGCAACGACAUCUUUACGUUCUUCACCCUCAUUCUUGAGAAGAGUUUUUCAAGUGAUAUAGCGGGCAACGAUGGAAGGAAUCGGGGUUAAAGUAAAUUCAUCAACGCUCUAAUACAUUAUCUGCAUGAAUAAAAGCCUACAACUCAUGA